UUCGUCACAAAAGGCGGGAAAAGCAAAAUUAAAAUUAAAUUUGAGGUGUUGCUUAGGACUGUGAUUGCAAUGGAGAAGAUUCACGUCAGCGUCCGUGCAAAGCCUCUCUCUCAAGAUGAUGCGAAAACAAGUCUCUGGAGAAUCUCCGGCAACUCCAUCGCCAUUCCCAACCUGUCCAAAUUUGAUUUUGACCAAAUAUUCAGCGGUAGUUGUGCGACCGCGGAAGUCUACGAAGCUCGCACCAAGGAUAUUGUGGAGGCCGCAGUUCGGGGAUUCAACGGCACUGUCUUCGCUUACGGGCAAACGAACAGUGGGAAGACUUACACGAUGCGAGGCUCGAAAGCUGAACCUGGAGUCAUUCCUCUCUCUGUUAACGAUUUGUUUCGAAUCAUUCAACAAGACGUGGAUCGAGAAUUUCUUCUUAGAAUGUCAUACAUGGAGAUUUACAAUGAAGAGAUAAAUGAUUUAUUGGCCCCUGAACAUCGAAAACUGCAGAUUCAUGAAAAUCUAGAGCGUGGGAUAUAUGUUGCGGGGUUGCGAGAAGAAAUUGUUGCCUCUCCUCAACAAGUCCUUAAUCUCAUGGAGUUUGGAGAAUCUCAUAGACAUAUUGGAGAGACAAAUAUGAAUGUGUACAGUAGUAGGUCCCAUACUAUUUUCCGCAUGAUAAUUGAGAGUAGGGAUAGAAGCGAAGAUGAAGAAAGUGGCAGCUCUUGUGAUGCUGUCCGUGUAUCAGUGUUGAAUUUAGUGGAUCUUGCUGGGUCAGAGCGUGCUGCAAAAACUGGUGCUGAAGGUGUUCGACUAAAAGAAGGCUCUCACAUAAACAAAAGCUUAAUGACUUUGGGAACCGUGAUUAAAAAGUUGAGUGAAGGUGCUGAAAGUCAAGGGGGUCAUGUUCCAUAUCGAGAUAGUAAGCUGACUCGAAUUUUGCAACCUUCUCUAGGAGGAAAUGCUAAAACGGCUAUAAUAUGUAAUAUCACGCUUGCGCAGGUAAGGUAUUCCUUUGUUGACACUCUUAAAUAAAAUAUCUGUGAGUUUAACGGCUACCACGUUUUACAAUGAAAUAAUUGUUUGGAGCUACAAUAUUGCGAGGUGUUUUGUGUAUCACUUGAUUAAUAUCCAUU